UUGUGGAUGUGCCGUCGUCACUCCGCCCUUUGCCCCAGUCACACCCGCUCUCUCCUGUCAUCGGUGGUGUUUACCGGGAUCACAACCGAGAUACAACCUGACUGGAAGAUGUCUCGGGCUGCGGAAAGACUCAGAUUGUUGAUCAAUCACCUUGAUCAACCCCCUGCCACGAUCAGAGCUGCACCGACUUUUGCUCCGACCCUCAGCUCCAGUCCCCCACAGAGACUGAGAUACACCGACGACACCGACCUGCUGACCCCAGAACAGCGACUCUCCUAUGAGAAAAAUGGCUUCAUCCUCAUCAAGAGCCUGGUGUCUAAGGAGGACAUCGACAUGUUCAGGAAGGCGUUUGAGCAGGUUUGUCGACAGGAAGUCAAGGUUCCCGGAAUGAUGGUGAUGCGGGACGUGGCGAUCGCUAAGUCUGAGUUCGUUCCAGACCAAAAAGCGGUCUCCAAACUUCAGGAUUUCCAGGAACAGCCUGAACUGUUCCGGUACUGCUCCUUGCAGCAGAUUUUGAAGUACGUCGAGUGUUUCACCGGACCCAACAUCAUGGCCAUGCACACAAUGCUGAUAAACAAGCCUCCUGAUGCAGGGAAGAAGACGUCCCGCCACCCCAUGCAUCAGGAUCUGCACUACUUCCCGUUCCGCCCGGCCGAUAGGAUCGUCUGCUCCUGGACCGCGAUGGAGAAAGUGGACAGGCAGAACGGCUGCCUGGUCGUCCUGCCGGGAACGCACACCAGCACGCUGCAGGAGCAUGACUACCCAGAGUGGGAGGGUGGCGUAAACAAGAUGUACCAUGGAGUGCGCGAUUAUGACCCGAAGCUCCCCAGGGUGCACCUGGAGAUGGAGCAGGGCGACACCGUCUUCUUCCACCCGCUGCUCAUCCACGGCUCUGGCAUGAACCAGACGCGGGGCUUCCGCAAGGCCAUCUCCUGCCACUACGCCAGCGCUGACUGCUAUUACAUCGACGUGAAGGGAACCACACAGGAAAACAUAGAGAAAGAAGUGAAGGAAAUUGCAACCAGGAAGUACGCUGUGGACGACCAAAUUGCCUUAAAGGACACCUGGGCUUUCAAAGGCCGCCUAGUGCAAGGAGAGAGGACCUCGCUGUGAAAGUGAAGCGUGGAAAACAAAACGCCACGUCAGCACAGAUGGGAUGAGAAGCGUCAGGACGCGUUCGCUCCAGGCACAGAAAGUAUUCCAGGAUUCCUGUCAUGAAGGAAAUUAAAAAGUCACUAAUCAUGCAAUCCCUAAUUUGCUUUAGAAAUGGAGGAACGCCAUGUUUAGAUCACGUUAUUUCAAUUGAGGCAUCUGAGUUCGUGCUCGUUGUAAAAACUUUGGGAAUGUAAUCCAUGUUAUUCUAAAAGAGGGCAUAAAAACGGGAAAUACUACGUUCUAUGCAGCGUUUUGCAGCACAAGAUGCAGUUUAAUUAAGCAACACCAUUGUGGAAAGCGAUGAUUUAUGGCAUGUUGAUUGGGAAAAGUAAGCAUAUUGACACAGGUAGAGCGAGCUAUAGAGAGGGAUAAAGCAGAGAGUGAGAGAGAGAGAGAAUAAUGAACGCUGUAUUUAAGCAGAAUGAUCAGUGUUGAUUGUAGCUCUUGUUAAUUAACACAAAUAGAGGCCUUAAACCCAAGUAGUGCCUUAUUAAUGUAUGGACGUGUUAAUGUGUCUGUUUGAUGAUGAGCGAAUGAAUGUAUGUUUCCUACAAUCUUGCUGUGGCAAAUGUAAUGUUUUAAUAACAUAAAAACCUACAUUAAUGAGA